AUGGCCGAUAUCGAGCAAAUCUACAGAUGCAUCAUCAAAAGCGUCAACCAAAAGAAAUGGGAGGAUUUGCCAAGAUAUAUGACCUCUCACCUCGUCAGAAACGGCCAAGACUAUACGCCCGAGAGUUAUGCCGCAGAGAUAAAGUCCUUCGGCGGCAACGGUGCAUCCGUCACGCUGACGGUGGACGUCCUCAUCGUCGACCAAGCAUCGCAACGUCUUGCCUCGACUCUGCUCGUGAAGGCCGAAGAGGCGAAUGCGAACGACAACAAUAGCGCCCAGCCAAUCUCAUUUACUGAGCAGCAGUUUGUUUGGUUCAAGGAUGGGAAGGUAUCCACGAUGUUUACGCUGGCAGACGGCGAAGAGAUGCUGCGCCAACUCUCCGAGCCUGAAUACCAGUACACGCCAGACCUUAUCAGCCUCCAGCCGCUGCCGCCGAGCCAACCCGUAGUAAAACUCUCCGCCGGCGAAUUGGAAGAGACGUACAGGGCGUACAUCCGCUGCAUAAGCGGGCAAACAAUGGAGACGGACCUGCACAAGUUCUGUCACCCCCAAACGAUCCACAACACCAAGACCUUGACGUUGGACCAGUACAAGCUCCUGAUACAGAACGCGCGCACGGCAAUCCCAGACAUCGUCUUCGGCCUGCACACCGUGAUCGCGGACGAGAAGUCUCAGCUCGUCGCCGUGCGCCUCGAGCUCACGGGCACGCCAGUCGGGAUCAUGGCAGGCGCAAAACCGAACGGCCGCCACGUCAACUUCUGCGAGCACGUCACCUACCUCUUCCAGGAAGGCAAGAUAGCACGCAUAUGGAGCAUUCUGGACAAAGAGUCGUAUCGCCGACAGCUGUCGGCUUAA